AUGCAAGUAUUAAGCGACGAUGAAGAUGAUGCCAACAGAGCCAGUCUAAACAGUUUUCAAAUCAAUAAAACCUAUGCAAAAAACUACUCUCAGCGAAAACAAAAGCAAGAACUGGCUCAAUUAAAGGAGAAAUAUGGCAACGCUGAUGAUUACGGCACUGACUCUGAAGACGAAUCGGAUGAUGAGCCAGAAGAUGAGUUUGGAGAACUGGUCACACCUCAAGUCGACGCUCAGAUUAUGAAAACGAUUGCCAUGAUCAAAUCCAAAAAUCCUGAAGUAUACAACCCAGAAGUUUCGUUUUUCUCUGAAAAGGAAAUGGAAGCUGCAAAGCAGGAGUGGAAUAAAAAAAAACAAAAGGCAAAGUCUAACCCAUUCUGUUCUGCUUCUCAAAAGCUUGAAGACAAACCCAUAUAUCUCAAAGAAUUGCAACGAAAAGAGCUGCUUUCAAACGUAAACAGUGAAGGCGAUUAUGAAGAUACUGAUGACAAGAGCGAUGUGAGCACGGAUGAUGUUAAUAAUCAUGGGCCAACACAUGUUGAAGAACAAGAAGCUUUAAAGAAUGAAUUUAAAAAGGCUGCGUUUAACGACGAUUCCGACAAUGAAAAUGGUCAAGAUAGUUUGUUUACUGUCCGACCACUUACCACAGAGGAAAUCGAGAGCGAGAAUGCCGAAUACUCGGAAUUUCUUUUAAAAAAUAUGGGAGUGGAAAAUCCCGAUGGAAAAUCAUGGAAUGAGCUCAAAGAAACAGUACCACUGGAUAAAGACGAAGCCUUUUUAAUGAACUACAUUCUUAAUCGGCAAUGGAUCGACAAGGACGCUGAGCGUAUGCCCACAUUUGAUGAAGUAGUCGAAGAAGAAGACGAAAAGGCCGUUGAAGCCAUGGAGGAGUUUGAGCAUACUUACAAUUUCAGAUUUGAAGAAGAUGGAGCUGCCAAGAUUGUUUAUCACGCUCGUAACAUUGAUGGCUUGCUUCGUCGUGAAGACAACAGUCGUAAACUCAAGCGAGAGGAACACAAAUUACGCAAAGAGGCUGAAAAGUCGAAAAAAAUGGAAGAGCUGAAACGACUCAAGAAUCUUAAAAAGGAAGAGCUCAAGGCCAAAUUGAAACAAAUUCGUGAUAUGUCUGGUGGCCAUACAAUUGGGUUUGACGAGGUUGAUUUAGACAAGGACUUUGAUCCUGAAGAGUUUGAUCUUAAAAUGCAGCAUACCUUCAACGACGAUUAUUAUGGCGCAGAAGAUGCACACAUUAAGCCCAAGUUUGAUGACGACAUCGACAUAUCGAACUUUAUUGUAGAUUCCAGCAAAAAAUCAAAACUGAAAAAGGCACUACCAAAAUCAACAAAUGACGACGACUUUAUAAUGGAUGCUGACUAUCUUCCAGGCGGUGACUAUUACAGCAGCAAAGACUAUAUUGCCACAGACGCAGACAACACUGCUGCUUUAGAUUCCAAAAAGAAUAAAAAGAACAAAAAGGAAGAGAAGCGUAUGAAUCUGGGCGAGUAUCUUGAUGAAUACUACCAGCUUGACUAUGAAGACUUGAUUGGCGAUCUUCCUACCAGAUUCAAAUACCGCAACGUAGAGGCCGAUAACUAUGGACUCAAACCUGAAGAAAUUCUCGAGGCACAGGAUACCGAAUUGAAUGGCGUGAUUUCGCUCAAGAAACUGGCACCGUACAGACAUCCAGAGGUCAUCCAGAAGGAUCUACUCAAGUGGAGCAAGCUAAAAAAGAAACGGUUGUUUGAAUUUAGAUCGCAGCUAAAGGCGCGAAGAAGCAAUAGCGAAUAUGUGCGUCCAAAUGCUUUGAAUGGAGUAGAGGAAUAUCAAGACAAGGAGGAUGAAUUCAACAAAAAGGACAAGGCAAUUAAGAUGAAACGAGCGGGUAUUGAUGCAGAUCGUUUGGAUACAUAUAUGUCUGGAAGCAUCAAGAAGAGUAAAAAGUCUAAAUAA